GCGGAGCAGGGGAGGCCCGGGGCCUAGCGGAGCGGGCUAGAGCGGCGGCCCCGGCGCCAUGGAGGGGAUGGACGUGGACCUGGACGCCGAGCUGAUGCAGAAGUUCAGCUGCCUGGGCACCACCGACAAGGACGUGCUGAUCGGCGAGUUCCAGCGGCUGCUGGGCUUCCAGCUGAGCCCGGCCGGCUGCGCCUUCUUCCUGGACAUGACCAACUGGAACCUACAAGCAGCCAUUGGAGCCUAUUAUGACUUUGAGAGUCCGAACAUCAAUGUGCCCUCCAUGUCCUUUGUUGAAGAUGUUACCAUAGGAGAAGGGGAGUCAAUCCCUCCUGAUACCCAGUUUACAAAAACAUGGAGGAUACAAAACACAGGGACAGAGGCGUGGCCCCCAGGGGUUUGUCUUAAGUACGUCGGGGGAGACCAGUUUGGCCAUGUAAACAUGGUGAUGGUCAGGUCGCUAGAGCCCCAGGAGAUUGCAGAUGUCAGCGUUCAGAUGUGCAGCCCCAGCACAGCGGGAAUGUAUCAGGGACAGUGGCGCAUGUGCACUGCUACAGGACUCUAUUAUGGAGAUGUCAUCUGGGUGAUCCUCAGCGUGGAGGCUGGAGGACUUUUAGGAGUAACGCAGCAGCUGUCAUCCUUCGAAACGGAAUUCAACACACAACCACAUCGCAAGGUAGAAGGAAACUUUAACCCCUUCGCCUCUCCGCAGAAGAACAGGCAACCAGAUGAAAACAACCUAAAAGACCCUGGGGGUUCUGAGCUAGGCACAAUCAGCAAAAACACGUGGGGGCCUGCUCCUGACCAAAUUGAACAAGAUCAGAACGGACUGUCACAAAACUCUGUAAAUCUCUCCCCCAGCAGUCACUCGAACAACUUGUCGGUAGUGACGUACAGUAAGGGUUUCCACGGUCCUUAUCCCUUUGGACAGUCUUAAAAACAAACAAAAAAACGGGUACCGUCAAGAGGAGAAUUUAACAAAGAACUGACUCAUGGGGGACAGAGGGGGGUUCUUAUGGCUUAUAGAAGACACGGCAUGGAUCCCCUUCUCUGCCUCCACAACCUGGAUAAAGAAGAAAACAAACAAAAACCAAUAACUUAAGACUAGUGGUUUCCAGAGGAAAACAAAACUAAAGUAUGCAUGUGUGAAUGCUGAAUUUUAGGAGUGCUGUUCAAUGCUACGAGAAAGAGGAAAUACACCAACACCAUGGGUUUUUUUAGAAGUCAUUAUCACAAUUAAUUAGGUAGCUGAAAAAGUUUAAAAAAAUUAAAAUGAAAGCCAUCUUUUUAAAAGAAAAAAAAAGUAAUUAUUUUGCCUACAGAGCGGUUGUAGUUUGAGCAAAUGUUUAAUUUUUUUGUUUGUUUCCUGUUCAUAAUUUUUUUUAAUAAGGGACAGAGUGCAUUUUUAUGGAACUGUCGUGUUUGCUUGCUACAGAACGGGAGCUCGCUUAGCAUCUUCUGGGGUUCAUGCAGUGACUUCUCUUUGUAUGUUGGAUGUUUUCAAUGUGCGAUUGGGCCAGCACCCAGCUCUGUGAAUUUCAGUGGUAUCAGCCGUUUUUAGUUAUCAACCUUUUAAUCUUCAGUUUUUGUCUGUUUCCCUUUUGACCUUAGUGUUAUUGGAAACCUCAGUGAAGACCAAACUGUUGCAUUAGAAUGGGAGGACUCCAGCAUUGCGUUAACCUGGGAGGUUUAUUUUUCUCUUGGAACUUGAAAUAUACAUACACGUAUUUCAGUAAGAAACAGACUUACUAGAGUUCCAAAGCUGGUCCUAAAUGAUUGGUAUUUUAAAAUGCUGUUUUGUUUGUCAAAUAUUGAUGUCCAGUAGCUGUGCCUAGGACAGCCAGGCAAGUGUAUCUGUCUUGUGCCAAGAGGAAAUUAACUUUCUGUAGCUGUAGUUCACCAAACAGUAAUUAUAAAGUUUUACAAAAGUCAUGUCCCUUUAGGUUUAAACCUCACAUCCCUACUCUUUUUAUAUAAGUAUAAUUUUAAUUCCUCUCUCCUGUGAUUAAAGUACUAGCUUAGGAGGCAGAGGCCAAUUGUUUUUGAAGUAGAGCAAGAAGUUGAAUCAUCAGCUGGAUUCCACAGUAGCGCCUUGUAUUCUUUCGCCUUUUUACUGGCCUGUAGCUUCUUUGAGGCUCCAGCUUUCUAGAUGGGUCUCAUCAAGCCUCCUGCUCAGAAGAGGAAGAGCUUUUC